AUGGCUAAGUGUCUGAGCCUCAGGCAGGAGCAACAGCUUUAUGAACUGUUUUCCAUGUCGCACCUGAAAUCCACAAAGCCUCCUUGUAAGCAUACUGACUAUCCAGUGAAGACCCCUUAUCCAUUAUCACAUCCAUCCUUGCCUUCCACUUCAUCUUUACCAUCACAAUUGUUGCGCUCCCCUCACUCAGCACCAGAAAAUACUCGGAGCUGUUUACGCAAGCACAUCAGCAGAGAAAUCAAGAAGCAAGUUGUGUUUGCAGAUGCCAAAGGAUUUGCACUUACUGCUGUGCGUAUGUUUAUUCCUGAACCUUUGUCUCCCACUUCUACCCUGGUGAUGAGACCCUCUCCAGCCAAACUGGAAGGCCAGCAGUCAACCUCAGAUAAACUGAAUCCCUACAAGUUGCGGCUGGGUUUCCCUCAGCCAGCCCAGGACCAGAAAGCCUUUCUUGCACGUUUGCAAGAUAUGAAAGUACAGCUGGAAAGCUGCAACAUUUCUGAGUACACCUUAAGUGGUAAAGUGUUUGUUGCCCAUGUCGCUACUGAAAAGGAUGUGUGCAUAAGGGUGACCUUUGACUCCUGGCGCAGCCAUCGUGACAUUCCUUGCACAUUCUUGUGGCAACAUCGCUGUGGGGGGUCUGAUGUGGAUGUUUUUGGCUUCAACUUAAGCUUAACUCACAACAUGGAUCCAAGAGAGCGAAUUGAGUUUUGUGUGUCAUUCAGACCAGGGCCUUGCGCUACACCACACUGGGACAACAACGGGGGACAAAAUUACAGAGUGUGGAUGGAAAAAGAAAGAUCAAAUGUGAACCAAGACAACACUAAUCGUUCUUACCCCACACUUUCAAAGCAUAGGUCACUGUCGUGGCCUUUACACAAGUCCAUCAGUGUGCAGAACUGCGCUGAUCUACAAGAGCAGCAGGCACAGCUGGAUGGUGGCCAGAAGCCAGCUACCAGCUGCUGGUGA